AUUCAUCAGAGAAGCUGUUUCAGCUCAUUGCUUGAAUUCGGGGGUCGCUGUCGGAGUGAACACCAGCAGAGGGCCACAGCGAGGCAGAUGCAGAACCUCAGAUCUGGUCUCGCGCCUGCCAGAUAAUCCCGGUCUGCCUGGACCUGAUGCUCUUCUGAUGGAUUCAGUAGGUUUUUGCUUCUUCUUUUUUUACUCAGCUCUCAUAUCUGGUCUAGGUUAGGGUCUCGUACGCGCUCUGAUUGGCUUAAUCCUUGGACCGAGGGGUAUGUUUUUUUCACCACACCCUGCGAUAAAGCUUAUUCCAGGCAUUUUUUCCUGCGCAUCAGCCUGUGGCGCAGUAACGAGACGCAGCGGGACCAGGAUUGAUCAAAUCAUUUUUUCUCAUCAAAUCUAAAACACAGAGAAGUGGGACAUUUUAAUUCCUGCAGACUGAAAAAUAAAUCACCCACCGUCCUCCCUGAGUUUCAAGAAGGACUGAUUGUCUUUUUCUUUUUUUUUUGGAGCGCGUAAAAACGCACGGCGACUUCACAUGGCGCACAUGUGCAGGCAGCUCACCGGCAGCGCGGCGAGCUGCGCGGGCUGGGUCGGGGUCAUCGUCGCCACGGCCACCAACGACUGGGUCCGGACCUGCGACUACACGGCGGCAACCUGCGUCCGCAUGGACGAGCUGGGCGCCCGGGGCCUCUGGGCAGAGUGCGUCAUCUCGCCGGCGCUUUACCACUGCGUGGCCCUCAACCAGAUCCUCACACUGCCCGCCUACGUCCAGACGUCCCGUGCUCUGAUGAUCUGCGCGUGCCUGCUCGGUCUCCCCGCCAUGCUGCUCGUGCUCAUGGCGAUGCCCUGCGUCCGGCUGCAGAGCGACACCUCGGCCGUCAAGCGGCGCCGCGGCCGGGUGGGAGGCGCCCUCUUCAUCUUCAUGGCUGCUUGCGGCGGCGUCUCGACGGUCUGGUUCCCCAUCGGCGUUCACCAAAACGAGGGCCUGAUGUCUUUCGGUUUCUCUCUCUACGCCGGCUGGGUGGGCGCCGCCCUCUGUCUCGCGGGCGGCUCCGUGAUCCUGUGUUGCCGCGGCACCGACCUCAGGGCCCCGAGCGGGGAGAACAGCUUCUACUACUGCAGGCAGCAGGGCACGGCCACGCCACUGGACCCCCCCGCCAACCACGCCAAGAGCGCGAGGGUGUAAAAAAAUGUGGCUCUCUGGUCCCUCGUUUCGGGGACUCCGCCUGUUUAAUAAUCAAGCUGUGCAUUUCUAUUUUUUUACGUUUCGCUGAUGCAACUUUGAGAUGGAUGUAUAACACGAAAGCAUACGGGGGUUUAGUGCCUUGCACGAGGGCAGCCGGUCACAUGUCGGGGGAAGAAGUAAUCUCACUGGUCGAAUUAAAUCUCACUGGGCGGGGCCAAAUGUCCAGCUAAAUCAGAUGAUUGUUUUUGCCUAUGCGCCUUCCAGGAGGAGGAAGAAACAAUUUGGUUUGGUUUGGCUUCACCAAAUUCUUCACUGCAAAUAAGUGUCGGGCGCGCACGCACACACACACACACACACACACACACACACACACACAGAACUAGUAAACUGUCGUAACUAUCAGGACAUUGUACUGGAUCAAUGGUAGAGAUUGGUAAUAAUGACGCGGCACGCCACCAGACAACCUCGGAGACUUUUCAGCUCUACGCUCAUUCAUUCUUCGGCUCAGACAUCGAUGUGAACGGUACUGACGUGAUUCCUUCCCUCCGCUCACCGCCGGUUAACUCAACCAAUCAGAUUCCGCCGCUCCUCCCGUCAGCUCUGAAGCAUAUCCGUAGAGCUAAGAGGAAAAAAGGGGUCUUUAAAAUGAUGAAAACCAGUUGUUGGGUUUUUUUUAAAUAAUUUUCGCUUCGUCGCACGAAAGUCACCUCAGUGUGUCUGGGGAUCAAAUAUCUAUUUAUGUAACGCGCUUCGGUCGCUGCAUGUAUCUUCAGCCGUGUCCAGCGUGUCGCACCUUCCCCCCGACAGGACGGGAAGUUUGUGCGAAUCUUUCUUUUUUUUUUCUUUUGGCUUUCUGCCUGCUCAACCGACCGUGACCUCAGUUUUCACCGACCCAUAACUCAAGUUCGUCCCAUCCUGUCUGAAGCAUUAGAUCAAGUCAGCACCAUCUGCGCUGAAACUCACCUCUCACAACAUAACUACAGUAUUUCAUUGUUCAUUAUACUUUUAGUUUUGUUUCAUUUAGUCGGUUUAUUUUUUCGUCUCCCUUUUGCAGCUUUUACGCUUCUUUGUUUUUAUAGAUCGUUUGAAAAUAGCAAAACCUGUUGCUUGUGUGUGAUGAUGAGCCAUUGUCAUUUGAGAGCUUGUUACUUUAAUGUUGUUGUUUUUUUUAAUGGUUCUCAUACUUUUGCCAUUUUAAACAAAAAAAUAAACUCACCGUGCUCACACUAUAAUCAAUAUGUACUGACUCUGUAUCUGGAUUGUAAGAUUUGUUU